CUGGAACACAUGUCAAAUUCACCCUGUAAGUUACAGAUGCUGCUUUCACUAAAGGAAUAAAAUUGCAUUUUAUAAUUCAACGUUUCUCUUCAGAUUUGCGUAUUUCGUGUGAGGUACGUAUAUGUUAUUCAAAGCUUUAAUGGAAUCUACAUCCUAUAAUUUAGAAAAUGGAUAACAUAAUUAUAAAGCCUUUUCUUCACUCUUUUGACGCUUAUUUGUUAUAGGUCCAUACAUUAAAAUAUAGUGUUAUUAUUGCAUAUAACAAUGCAGUUUUGGAAUGACAGAAGAAUGAUUUCUUUUUUAUCUUGUUUUUUUUUUUUUUUAUUCUUUGAAUUAAAUGAUUCUAAUUGAAAUUUAUAAAUUCCACGCUAAUUAAAUUAAUAUAUUUUUUAUGCACUUAAUUUUCUAAGAGUUUGGAACACUUUACAGUCAGCGUAUUUAAUACAUUAAAAUAUAGUGUUAUUAUUGCAUAUAACAAUGCAGUUUUGGAAUGACAGAAGAAUGAUUUCUUUUUUAUCUUGUUUUUUUUUUUUUUUUUAUUCUUUGAAUUAAAUGAUUCUAAUUGAAAUCUAUAAAUUCCACGCUAAUUAAAUUAAUAUAUUGUUUAUGCACUGAAUUUUCUAAGAGUUUGGAACCCUUUACAGUCAGAGUAUUUCAGAGUAACCAAUGGUCUGACAUAUAAUGGUGGCUUAAGAAGGAUUUAGCAAAGAAUAAUUAGCUUUCUUAAAACAUUUGAUCGUCCUAAUUAGACAUGAAAUCUGAGUGAGCCCUUCUUAGCACUAAUCAAAAUCAUGGCGCAUUCUAUGAAUGGUAAGAAACAAACAGAAUAGUACAUUUACUUGACAAACUGAUGUCUGUGUCUUUUUAUUUAAUUUCUUUAUCUUGAUGUUUUUUUCUAUUCAAAACAGGGCUAAAAUGUAUAAAUUAUCAGCUCUAACUAUUAGCAAAUGCUUAAUUACAGCCAUUCAUCUUUUACUGUUCAGAUUCAUAAAAGGUAAAAAUUCUACAUCCUCUUGGAAAAUAACUUAAGUAAUGACUUUAAAUAAAUAUUGAGUUAAUGACGUUACAUUCAACAAAUAAUUAAUGGCGUUCAAUUAACAAUAAAUUAAUUACUUUAAGUUAACAUUAAAUUAAUGACGUUUAAAUAACAUUAAAUCCUUGGUGCACAAUCUUAAUAAAUUACUGAUACGAUUAAUACAAUUAUUACAGUAUGGUGCAAUAGAUAAACAAAGCCCUUGACCACGGACCAAGGCCAUUUCAAAUACACUUUUAAGAAAGAUUAGUAAACAUAGUGCCUACUUUAAAUAAAACUCUAAUAUAGUUAACAUUUAUAAUGGAGUAGCACCUAAUGCUAAAAAAAAUUAAAAUGAAAAUGAAUUCUUUAAAAUUAACUUACCAUAUGGGACAUAUUUCUGUCUCAUCAGGGCUUGUCGCUGUCGAGAAAACUCACUUUGCUUAACGUGUAUCGUGAUAUGGCCACGCUGAUUCUUCUGAGCGCUAUUUGAGAUGAAUCAGUUUCAUUGAGUUUUUGAUGUUAACAAACUCGCUAACAUUGAAAAUGAAUAAUCUAAAAAUGUUUAGACUGUGUUUGGACUGUGUUUCUUAAAGAUCACCUAGUUUAUGUCACUUGCUUUUCAAUUUUAAAGUUGUUAAGUAAACAAUAGUGAAAUGUUUGUUUAACAAUAGUUUUAUUGACAUUAUUUGGAUUUUUUUUUCGUAAAAUAAUAACUUUGAAUUUUUUUUUAAAAAUCAGAUUUUUCUUUUUUCUUUUUUUUGGGGGGUAUGGGGGUGUUGGGGUGGGGCUGAAAAUAUAAUAAAAUGUUUUGUCAUUGUCGUCAAUUCUAUGGCAAUGUUCAAACUCGAUAGGUUUACGGGAAGUGGGUCAAUUAGCCAUCCGAAUAUUUUGCCAAUACUCCAGCUGGGCAUAACCAUUAACGAAGUUAAUACACGGGAUUUAAAAAAAGUUUAAAAAAAACACCAUCAUAACAAACAUUAUUUUUCGUAAACACCCUUUACAAAUUGUAAUUUCCAACAAACAGUCGGGGGCUGAUGUUUUGAUAAAGCAUGCAUACAAGUAACACAAUUUAUAAAAAUCCCAAAUAGUGCUCCCAUUCGCGAGGCUGGCUGCCUAACGUUUUUUCCACGCCCUUGGACUAUAUUAAUAUUUUAAUGUCUAACCUGAUUUUACACAAAGUUUUGUUGAGCUUUCCAUUUCAUAAAUUUAAAAAUAUGUGUAUAUAUAUUUAAAACAAAACUCACAUGCGAUGUUUGUUUUUAUAGAAUCUCAUUUAACUCAGAUAUUAAGAACUUUUUUCGUAAAAUGUCAUUUUAUUGAACUUCCCAUGGAAAAACAGUACACAAGCUUUUUGGGGAUUGGUGUAGUUCGGAGCCUGAAAAUUUGAAUGAACAUGUUGUCAUCGGUGAUGAGUCAAUGGGCUGAUUUCAGCUCGGUGAGUGGGCAGUAAGUGGGUUAAUUUUCCGUCCGUAGAUAUUUCCAGCCAGUCAUCAAAAAACUAAAACGAAGUUAUUAUAAAACUUUUAUGAAAGCAAUUGUUGUUCAUCCUAAAGAAAAACAAAAUAUAAAAUAUUACUAUUAUUUUCUUGAAUUUGGCAAAAUUAAAAACAAAAGUUUCGACAAAACCGCAACACUAAAUCGAAAUAAUUGUAACUUUCAGCAUGCAAUAACUAUAGAGUUUUGGAACAGUAACUAUUUUACUAAUCUACAAGAAAACAGGUCUGCCUGUUGUAGAAGAACAAAAGAAUUGACGACGGAUAUCUCAAUAAUGUAGUCCGUUGCUCCAUUAUGUUCAAUAGACAUCACGUCCAAAGGUGUGAGCCUAAAAAAACAAGGAACACCUUAUACUCACAUUGAAAAGCCUAAAUCUAACGGUGCGACCUAACCACUGGUGCGACAUACACGUGAUUAUAUACGGUAGAUUAAUUUCAACGAUCACAUGUUCGGUAAAAUGUGACUGCAGCGGUCGACAAGUUGGAUGAAAGCAAUAUCAAAUCCACUUAUUGUAUCAUCCAGGUUUAUUACAUUAAAGUGCCUAAAUAAAAGACUCGGGUCUUUUCCUCUUGCUCUAAGGCAAAUGUAGUAUUACCUCUCGGCUAAUCAGUUGUAGAGAUAUUUGAUUGUCUAACUAAAAUGAUUCCCGUUUUACACUUACUGAUUGACUGAUGACUCAUGUUUGAACUACUACGAUAAUUUUACAUUGGACGUAAGGAAACUGCAUAUCAAAGGUCUGGAAUGGAAAAGAAGGUGGACAGAAGCACGAGGAGAAUGGAGAUCCUUCCGAAAGAUGUUAUCAUUAAAUGUUUCACAAGGCGUAAAAUGUUGUUUCUUUAAAAAAUGCAUUUUUUUUACCUGUAAUUCCGAGCUGUAGCUAAAUAUAAUUUAAAGAAACACAUUUCUCUUUUGAAACAGAAAUUCAUGGCCAGGAAGUCCAACUAGAUCCAAAUGGCAUGGAAGUUGUAUCUCCUUGUUCAAGUGAUCUAAGAGCUGGUCUUGACUUUUAUAUAGUUCGAGGGAUUGUUAACGAUACAACUGGCAAAUUGUCAAAUUUGAUUGAUUUUGAAACAAAUAAAACAUCUACAAAUAAAUAUCAAACAGUAAGUAAUUUAAAUCAUUCAUUUUUUCAACUUAUAAAACGUAUCUAGAUAUAACAUUUAUAUAUACGCUACAAAAUUUUUCAGUUCCAUUUCAUUGUUUUAUAUGAUUAACAUAAGUAUUAUAAGAAAUAUAUUUCACACUAUAGCACCAUCCUACUAAAGCUUACCGUAGCUAUGUGUUUAAAGCAUGUCCAUACAAAGGCCGAUCACUCUUGAUUAAUGGAGUUAGCGCUGAAAAGGUGUAUAACCUGCUCAUGAGCUUACACCAUAAUGACAUGUCAAAAAUGCUAGGAUAAUGUACGAAGACAGGUCUUUCACAUGUUGUUAUAGAAUUGUUGUGCUAUACCGCUUAUUGUUACUUAAGGCAAAGACUGUCACCAUCAACUUAGGUGUCUUUGCUUUAUGAAUGUUUUAAAUAUCUCACAUUUUUUUCAAUUUUGAGAACAUUAUAAACUUUGUCUGUAACCCUCUCAGAAGCCGAUAACCGAUUUAUACAUUUAAAAUAUAUAUUUAAUAAACGCGUUUUAAGAAAAAGUAUCCAUCGUGUAAGCAUUUAGUUAAGGUAACCUUUUACAGGACGCUAUCUUCUGGCUACCAUAUACUACUUUUUUGCGGCUUAUUUAAAAAUAUUUUUUAAUGUAUACCACACUCUCAUAAAACAGUGUAAGUCUAAAUUCAUUAUGUUACAUUUUAUUAAAAAAAUAUAAAUUAAAAAAAAAAAACAUUUGAAUAAGAUAAAUCAUUCCCAUUCAUGUGUUGAAAAGAAAAUAGAUGAAACGCUAAAUUAUCCCAAAUCCCAUUUAUAUUCUCAUUUUAUAACAUGACUCAUCCAUUUCUUUUUCCCGUAAUUUCCUUUAUUUUUCUUUUGCAGAAUCUCGUAAUGUCUCGAACCAAUUACAAUAAUUGCAAAAAUUAACGAGAUUUUACACACGGUAUACACCGUAUAUUUUAAACUUACUUUUGCUUUUGUUGAUACAUCAAUGGAACUCGCGCUUAACUCAAAUAAGACUUGAAACAUCAGUAUAAAAGAUAUGCUUCCAAAUAAAUUAACGCAGUGUUUGUUACAGGCAUCUCUCAGUUUGGGGGAUGCAUCUCCAGCGAGUUAUGUCAUCCCCGGAGAAAAAAUGUUUACCAUGAUAAAACGAAAAUAUAUUUAAUAAAAAUAACUACAUAGUCAUUUUAUAAUAUUUUGAAGAAGAGAAGCAAUUGAUGCCUUUCAUAGAUUAUAAUUAGUAAAAACUAUAAAAUAUCGUUAAGCUCGAAAUAUUUGAUGAACAUUAAAUGUAAAGCUAAUUGUUUUAGAUGCAAAGACUAUUCCAUUAAAAAUAUCGCAGUUUUCCCAAAAGUUGCCGCUCCUGAUUAUAAGAUUUAUUUACCUUUUAUCCGCACUCAUCUGUAAUCUUAAUUAUUUAUUUUUGCAAUUUCACAAGUUAAGAGACUUUAUCAGCACUCUAUAAAAUGCCUUAACAUCAAUAUUAAUGUAUAUGUUUACUAUAAUUCUUGGUAAGUAUCAAACACGAGCAAUCUGCUUUAAAAAUAUAUUUCAUUAUAAGUUUAUGACAUUUAGAGUAGUGAUAACUGUUUAUUAUAAAUUAGAAUUAAUGACCCGAUAACAAUGGUAGGUCCUUUGCGAUAAUUUCUACCUGCAAUUGAAAAAACGCUUUUAUGAAAGUAAAACCACAAUCAGAAAAACGGACUAAUAUUUAUGGAUUUUGACCCAUGCCUGACCACACACAUAACAUUUGGAUAGCGACUUGGAAUGUACUCAAUUUAUGCAGAGCAGGUGCCUUGGCCCGCCUCAGUGAGGAUUGACUUUGAUAUAUAAUUGUGAUUGCGACACUACAGGAGAUUAGAUGGAAAGACACAGAUAUCCUAAAUACAAAGGAAUAUACAAUAUUCUACUGUCGAAACAACACAAAUACCUUAGGAACGAGGGGGGAAAACACUCUUGACCUACUCCUCACCAAUUGUCCACAUCGUGUCCAAAAUGUUGAGGUCAUCCCCUGGAUUUCGGACCACAACAUUCCUUAUUGUGAAUUUCAGGUCAACACACUAAAAAUGAAACAAAUCAUUCGAGAAAUCCCAAUUUAUGCCAAGGCAGACUGGGAUGGCCUAAGGAUUGCAACCACAGAGCUAAGCUCAAACAUGAAGGUGAUUCAAGGUACAGCGACAACAGACGAGCUGUGGGUGAAGUUCAAGACUACAAUCACUGAUGCAGUGAAGAAAUGUAUACCACACCAAAUCACCAAACCUAGGAUAAAUCAGCCAUGGGUCACGGCUGAAAUCCGUAGGCUCAUCCACAGGAGAGACCGCCAAUACAAACGCAUGAAGAAAAAUGGCUCGAUGGAACUGAGAGAGGAGGUACUGAGACUCCGCCGAACCAUUCAACGCUUAUUGCGUAGAUCGUAUUGGAACUACAUGAACGGCAUCUUCUCAGAGGAAGACACCCCGACCAAAGAUGUCAAGAACAAGCGCUUCUGGAGCUAUGUGAAACACCAAAAGUCCUCAAACGCUGGAGUUUCCCCCUUGAGGUGGGAUGGCCAAUUGACAUCUGACCCAAAAGCACAGGCGGAGAUACUCAAUCAGCAGUUCCAGUCGGUCUUUGGUGACGGUAGAGAGUACUCUGAGACUGAGUUCCUUCUGAAGACCAAAAUGAUGAACAGAGCCUAUCCUAUCAUGGGAGAUAUCCAGAUAUCAGAACAAGGUGUGUUUGCCCUCCUCAAUACCAUUAACCCUUACAAAGCAUGUGGUCCUGACAACAUUAAACCACGAGUGCUCAAAGAAUUAGCCAAAGAAAUCGCUCCUGCACUGACAAUCCUCUUCCAAUCGUCACUAUGCACAGGAAAUGUUCCAGCAGACUGGAGAACAGCGCAUGUCACUCCAAUUUACAAGAAAGGGGAGCAUUCCGACCCUGCCAACUAUCGUCCGAUAUCCCUCACUAGCGUCGUCUGCAAACUGUUGGAGCACAUAAUCGUAAGCUCUGUCAUGAAGCAUCUUGAAAGCCAAAAUAUACUCAAUGACUGUCAACAUGGCUUCCGAGUCAAUAGGUCAUGUGAGACCCAGCUUCUCGAAUUUGUAGAAGACUUGAUGACCAAUCUGGAGAACCACAAGCAGACUGACGUGCUAGUAAUGGACUUCGCAAAAGCAUUUGACCGGGUGAAUCAUAGUUUGCUUCUACACAAACUCCAGAUAUAUGGGAUUCAAGGCACCACUAAAACAUGGAUCUCUAGCUUCCUCAGCCACCGACGCCAAGCAGUAGUGGUGGGCGGUACAAGCUCCUCCUUUGUCAAUGUGAAGUCAGGGGUCCCCCAGGGAUCAGUCCUGGGCCCCUGUUUGUUCCUAGCAUACAUUAAUGACCUACCGGAGAAACUGACAUCACAGGCAAGACUGUUUGCAGAUGACACAGCAGUGUAUAGGACGAUCGCCAACAGAUCUGACCAGGACCAGCUACAACAGGAUCUCAAUCUGUUAGCUGAGUGGGAGAUGAGCUGGGACAUGGAAUUUCACCCUGCCAAGUGCCAGACACUAUCAAUCUCUAGAAGUUGUACUCCUCUACACUACCAAUACAAACUGCACGGCCAUAUUCUUGAGCAAGUUUCCUCCGUAAAGUACCUGGGUGUUACCAUUCAAAGAGAGGUCCGCUGGGACGAGCAUAUUAACAAUGUAUGUAACCAAGCAAACCAAGCCUUGGGGUUCUUAAGGCGAAAUCUAAAGAUUGGCAACUCCUGUGUGAAAGAAAGAGCAUAUAAAGCCUUUAUCCGUCCGAUUUUAGAUUAUGCAUCUUCAGUCUGGGACCCAUUUACCCAGAAGAGCAUUGACAGGUUGGAGGCGGUCCAGCGACGAGCAGCACGCUUUGUCCUAAACCGCUACAGGAAUACCUCUAGUGUUGGCAGCAUGCUAGAAACACUAGGCUGGUCACCAUUGGAGAAACGACGACGACAAUCCAGGCUCUCCAUGAUGUACAAGAUAAAUAAUGGGCUGGUCCACUGUUCCAGUAUUAAACAGAAACUCGUCCCUCUCCCCCAUAGACAGCGACGAGGCCAUGACAGGCAAUUCAGGCUCAUACCAGCAAGAAGCCAGUAUAGGAGCUGCUCAUUCCUGCCCAAGACAAUCAGGGACUGGAACCAUCUUUCAAAAGGAACAGUUGAGGCGACAACACUAGACACAUUUGUGUCUAUUGCCUCAAGCCUUCAAACCCCUAGUGCAUAAUUUCCUCAUCACCACCAGUAACAGAAACAUUGCAAAUCCCAUCUACAUGCAUAGGAGCCAAAAUGAUCAAUAAAUUGAUCGUGGGCCCUUAAGAUAUAGAAGAAUUAGAAGGAACAGGGUUUGCAGUCAAAAGAGAGACAGUAAAUGCAGUCAUUGGGUUUAAGGUAAGAAAAAUUGGAAAAGUAUAGUGAACCGACCCUACGGGACUAUCAAUGUGGAUUCCGGCAGAAUAGGUCAACCACGGAUCAUAUUUUUACUAUAAGAUGUCUCCUGGAGAAAUGCUACGAAUAUAACAUCGACAUACACCAACUAUAUGUGGAUUACAAAACAGCAUACGAUAGCGUAAACAGGAAUUACCUAUAAAAUGCUUUACAAGAACUUGAGGUCCUUAACAAGCUUACUUGGCUCAUACACAUGACAAUGGCCAACUCCAAAAGCAGAAUCAAGGUUCAGGGAGAAUAUUCUAAGGAGUUCAUAGUUAAUCAGGGCCUCAGACAAGGAGACUCACUAUCAUGUAUCCUGUUUAACAUCACGCUAGAAAAAGUUAUUAGAAGCAUUGACAUGAGCACCAGUGGAACCAUAACAAACUAUUUCCAGAGAGAAACUACAGAGCGACGACCAUCAGGAACCUUAUAUAGCCAACCAUUGCAGUACCUGGCAUAUGCAGAUGAUAUAGCGCUACUGGGUAGAAACCGUAAUGACAUAAUUAAAGCCUUCAGGGAACUUGAAAAUGCCUCAUUCAAAGCUGGCUUUUAUAUAAAUGAACCGAAGACAAAAAAUAUGAUAAUGUCAAGAAACUCCCAUGCAUAUGAUAACAUUAAUAUAAAAAACCACAAAUUUGAGAGAGUGGACACAUUCAAAUAUCUAGGGGCAACUAUAAAUGAGCACAAUGAGAUAAUGUCAGAGGUGAAAGAAAGGAUAACAGCAGGCAAUCGUUCCUAUUUCAGUCUACAAAAGCUACUGGGAAACAAAAACCUCUCAAGGGGAACAAAGAAGACAAUAUACACCACCAUCAUAAGACCUAUAGUAACGUACGCUAGUGAGACCUGGACCCUCACCAGAAAAGCAGAGAACCUGCUCAACACAUGGGAGAGGAAAAUCCUCCGCAAAAUAUACGGACCAGUGAUAGAAAAUGAUAUCUGGAGAAUCCCUACAAACCAAGAACUUUACUAUUUGUACAAAGAACCACCCAUAGUCACAAUGAUAGAAAAGGCAGAAUACGCUGGGCAGGACAUGUUGAAAGGAUGCCGGAAUGCAGAACAGCCAAAAUUAUAUACAGGCAGAAGCCUAGGGGCAGACGACUCAUCGGUCGCCCAAGGAUGAGGUGGAUUGAUGAUGUGGAGACAUAUUUACACCAGUUUGGGGUUCGAGCAUGGAGACGGAAAGCCAUGGAUCGCUCCGAAUGGAAGGAUGUGGUGGAUCAGUCCAGGGUCCUACAUUGGCUGUAGUGCCAUUAAUGAUGUGAUGAUUGAAAAAACGCAUCACAAUUCCUAACAUGUUUAAUGUUUUCGUUUCUAAGAUAUAUAAGUUUAAGAAGUAUUUCUCUGAUAUAUAUUAUAAACUUACCCUACUUCCUUUCAAGCCCUUAAAUUAAUUUUUCCCCUCUAAACCUUACCUUAAAUUACCAAAUCUAAAUUACUACUAUUUAUAUCACUUUUCUCACUAAAGAAGGUAAAUGUGGGACUAUUUCUACGCUAGAGAAAUACAUUUAUUUAUUUUAAGACUUAACCUGUGCUGCUAAAUAAGUAACAUAUUUUGCACUUCAAGUGGUGUGCUCUCAAUUGGAUGAGUUAUAAUUGAUUUAGUGAAUGCUAUUUGACAACACUAAUUAACUUAAACGUCAUUUUCCUAUUACAAGUAGUUUUAAAGGUUACAUUUUUAUUACAUUAUACAUUUAAUGAAAGUAUAUAUUUUUAAUUACAACAAAUUUUAAAAACGUAUUAAAUGUUAAAAAUACAAAGCUAAAACGUCUGUAUGUUUUAUUAACUGUUUACAAAGCAAUACAUUAUAUUUAUUAAUUUUACUUUGAAGAAGGGAAAAUACAUUAUCAGUUUUUAACGCUUGGUUAUUUAAUCAAAGAGCCUUAAGAGUAUUGGCUAAAAUAGGUGAUUCUGGUUAUGACGUCAUUUGCGUGCUUAUUCGGAACAAAUUAAUUUUAAAGUUAUCUCGCACUUUUAACAACGCACUAAAAAACGCACAUAAAACAACUGAUCUUUGGUUUUCCCGAUAAAAGUGACUGCGAUGUAAUUCUUAGAUCAUAAUUAUUUAUUUACAUUUUGUGCUAUAACAUUUGAAUUCGGAUAAAAAGCUUACAAUAUUUCCAUAGUUAUUACAUUAAGUGUAUUUGUAAUUUAUAAUAAUAAUAUUUGAACUUGUACUAAAAAAAGCAUUUUUAUGUUAUAUUUUUGUGCAUUUAAAUGUAUUUGAUUUCGGUAAAAUAAUAGUUUAAUAUUAAACGUAGUUUUAAGAAUCCGAAAGUAUCUAAAUAUUUUCGGUUCUUAGUGUUACUGUCAGCAUAGCUAAUUCUUAUAUAUAUAUAUAUAUAUUACUUUUCAUUUAUAUUGAUCUUGUUAACUGAUAUGAGCUGGGUUUUUUUGUUUUUUUGUGUGUGUGUGUGUGCUCUAAAGUUAAGUGACACCUCAUUUGUAACUAGCAUCUCGUUCAUUGCACUCUAAAGAAGUGUAGAAUAUGGUAAAUACAAAUUUCACAUAUUUGAUAAAAUGAUUUCUUUUAUUUUGAAUUUAUCAAUAACAAAACUUUUGGGGACUAUCAAGAUAUCUAGCGUAAAAAAUACACUCAAUUGCAACACAUUACAUUGUAUGUAGCUUAUUUUUGGCUGGAGAGAAUUUAAAGAAGGCAUUGUCUAAAUUUGAACGCAAUUAUUUUUAUUCUUUAAAUAACAUCAAUGCCCGUUUUGGUUACCCAUUUAGUCUUGUGCCCUAGACAUCUGUAAGCUUUUCCUCUCUUAGCUACGCCUCUGGUUACUGGUAAUGUCCACCAAAAUUAUGAAAUGACCCCCAAACAGACUAAAUAACCUGCAUGGGCGCGUAUUUACAACUUUUUUUUACCCAAGUCGGACCAUCCAAUAUACUUUUCGUUGAGUUUGAAGCCCCUGAUACAAGUGCAGCAACAUAAAUAAAAACAAAUAAGAGCCAUGAAUAGUAGGUUGAAAAUUCAUGAGCGCCUCUCUUGUCUACGAAGCCUCGGAGUGAUAAAAAGACGUUUCUGGAAAUUAGUGUAAGGACUUUUUUUGUGGAUAAUAAUCAUGGAACAAAAAUGCGUUUCUGUAUCAAUCAGCUUUUAGGAUCAACCAUUAAUAAAAGUAUUUAAAAUUUUACUUUUUAAAAUGUUUUUUUUUGCAGGCAUAUUUAAAAUGCAAUACACAUAGACGAGAUAUUUCAAAUUCUAUGAAACUCUAUCCAAUUAAAUUAAAUUUAAUUAUUCUGUAUAUUUUCAAGAUAUGCACCAUCAGUUUGACUACUUGUAUUACACCGAACCCUCAACAUUGCUACUGUGCUGCACAGAAAGGAAACAUAUAUGAAAUAGUGGUUAACAGAUCAGCAUUUCUCAGUGAAAGUAAUGCUGUAAUUAGGAUCAAGUGGGAAAGUACUUCUGGUGUUAGCGUUGUCAGCAAUGAACUACAAGUACCUAAAAUAUAUGGUAAUAUUUUUUUUUAAUUUAUCACUCUGACAGUAAUGCUCUAAUACGAAUUCACUGGCGUGGCAUUGAGAAAGAAGCUACCAGCAAUGUGUUCUGAUUGCCAAAAAUUUAUGGUAGAUAUUUAAUUCAUUCCUAAGUAUUAUUGUAAUACAUUUUAAUUGUAUUUUGAAUUAAAUACUAGUUAUUUCCCGUGUUGCCAUAACUCGGCUAAAUGAAUUAUUUGGAGAAUUUUUCGGACCUACGCUCUCACAAUAACCCACUCUCCCCCUAACCGAAUGACUGGAUGGUCCUAGUCGAUGUUGACGGACGAACACCAUGUUCACAUUUGCAAGUGACACUCUCUAUUGAAACACGAAUGUAGGGUGUAAUUUCUAUGCCUUAAAUUAAACGUUAAUUCAUAACUUUUCAGUAGAACUCCGUCAGGAAGGACAUCUCCCCUUCUUAUCCUAAAGAGUGAAGAAAUAGUUUUGCUGUUUCGUAACCUAAAUUCUUAAAACGGUUGGCACAGAUAACUGGAAUAGAUUGUGUCAUAUUAUGUUAUCAUUUCAAUGAUCUAUCGAUUUAUCUCUAUUUUUCGUUAAUGAGUUGAAGCUUUCAAGCUACUUUCCGACAAUUCUCAAAGUUAAAACUCAGGAUGGUGGGUUUCGAAAAAUAGAAACAAUGAUACUUAUGUCUCGAUUACUUGGUAAAUUAUUUUGAUGAUGCAGUUUUAGAUGACGUAAAUAAAUAUGCAAUUCUCAAUGCCAUUUUCAGCUGUUAUUUGUUAGGUUAAUCGUGGCCAGCACUUUCAAUGUUGAUGGUCUACUACAAAUUCAAGAAAAUUCAUCGAUGAUUUGCUUUAUUUAAUGUAGAUUUAAAACGUUCUCUAUCGACCACUAUAACCUUACGCAUAACGUCAAAGAAUAUUAAAUAAAAUUUAGCGUAAUCAACAUAUUUUUUGGUUAAACGUAUAGUUAAUGGUUAGAAUCCGUAUAUUCCCCAUUAUAAAUUCAAUGAAUUUUAAAGUUUUACGAUUGAAAAAGGUACAAUUUAUUAAAGGUGAAGGAUUCAAAAAUUAAAUUUUCUGUGCUAUGUUAAAACAUUAGUCAAACGAUUUAGAAAGCAAUUAAAAGACUCUUGUCCCUAGGGUAAAUUAAGGAAGUUAUAUCUUUUAAUUUAUUGGUUUCAAUCAGAUUCCUAUAACAUGAAUACUUUUUGUUUCACAGAGUUCAAACAAAAUAUGAUUUGUUUAGAGACAAUGGCGCCAUUAAUAUUAAUGUUGCUUUUAUAAUAAAACCUUUAGUGCUCUAAGUUCACCUAAAUGUGUGUACAUAUUGUUACUAACAAAUUUCAGUUUAAAAAAUUUCUGAUUAACAGCAAAUAUGUAAGCUUCAUAUUUAUAGAAAAAUGUAAUCUUACCUUGAAAGAAAUCAGUAAGUAUUAUGAUUUUAAAAUUACAGAUGCUUUUAAAUGAAUUAAACAUAAAUACAUUGAAAUGAAAGAUAAUCAUGAAUAGUUAAAUUAACGAUGCCAAUAUCAUUUUAUACGAUAUAUUAAGUCUCUUAUUCACAUACAUAUUUUUUUUAUCUUAAUUUUAUUUUAUUUAUGUCUAAUUUAUGAAAAUAUUUUAAACAACUAAUAUAUUACAUAUAAUUAUUUUAUUUUUCCGAAUUCAAUUGAUUCGAUUUCGGUAAAAUGAAACAAAAAUCCUAAUCAUUAUUGUUUUAAAAAUCCAUUUAAUGUUGCGAUAUCUGUUUUUUCGGUAAAUAAAUCAAAUGUACACCCUGUUUGGUACAAUGAAAAGAAAUUGCAUUAUGUGCGCUAUUGAACUUAGCAUUUAAUGAUGAACACAGCUUUUCGAUAAAUAGGCCUACUAUCAGCCAAAGGGAAAGCGUGUUGCGCUCUUCGCUAACUACAUAAGGGAAGCCUUAAACUCAAAAUGUUUUUUUUUUCCUUUUUUAAAUGUAUGUAUUUUUUACCAUUGUAGCAAACCAAAUAAAUAAGAAUGAAAAAUGUCCCUGACUUUUAAGUGUACUUUCCGUAAAUGAGACUUUCAUCAUUUUUAAAGCAGCAUCAACGUAUAGAUGUUUACAUUUCUAAACCCAUUUAGUUUUAAGAAAUGUUUAUCCUCUAUAUAAUAUAGGCCCAUCCAGCCCCUUUUAGCGUUUUUCAAAUAUAAAGAAAAUACUUAAUUCAUUAAAUUCGUUUAUAACUUUUUACAAUAAUGCUUAGAUCUUAAUUCUUACUUAUACUUAGAUAAAGGCAGAUAUAAGUGUAGCAUAUUUAAAGUGAUUUUAAAAAACCCGAAUGUAAAGCAUCUACACUUUCUCCUUCAUACAUUGAUGUAUAUAUGUAUAUAUAUAAAGGUAACGUAUACAUUCAUUGGAGUUGUAACACUUCGCGUGCCUGCUAUCACUUAUUUCAGACAUUAAAAAAAUAUGUUGCAAUUGUAUUGUUUAGAACCAUUAACGAUUUUUUAAAAAAAUGUUUCUUUUGUUGGAUUCAAUGAUGCACAUUUAAACUUAAAAGACAUGACAUAUUAUAAAGUCAUUUUAAAGAUAAUAUUUAUAUUAGAGUUUUAAUAAAUUUAUUUACAACGCCUACGUUUUGCCACCCAGAUCUGGAUUCCGUGACAACAAGUUUGACACUAAAUGAUGCUCCCGCGACAUGUCCACUUGCUAUCACACGUGGAUCUGUUAUUAAGUUCCAGUGUCAAAAUUCUCCCAGUCCUUGUUAUUUAACAAUUGCUGUCAACGAAGAUGUAGUGAAAGGUGAACAUAGUGCUACUUACACAGUGACGUACGAUCCAAUGUCGUAUUCAACACACAAUUUUACAUUUUCUUAUUCUAUUAGUGGAGGACCUACACAAACAACAAACUGUCGUGUGGAUAUAGGUAACUAUAUAUAUAUUGUUAACGUAUUCUCUUAACUUCUGAUAAGACAAGGGUUUUGAUAAAGUUUGAUUUCACAAAUAUAAAGAGAUGUAUGUGUCAGGUCUACAAUUUUAUAAAUUUGCUAUUAUAAAUACUAUGUAUAUUUAAUGUCUUUAGCAUUGUAUGUUUUGACACUAUGUUUGAAACCGGAAGUUUUAAUAAGAAACUCAUACAGAUUGUUUUAAAGAAUGAUUUCGCACCCAUUUCAUUUUAAGAUAGCCUACAUAUUAUUGUCUGUUUUAAUUAUUUCUCUUUAGUAUAAAGCAUUGUAGGGUGUAGACACCGGAAGUCUUGCAUCAAACAGUUAUUAUUCCAAAAAGAUACAUAUAUAUUUUGCUAACAAUAUUUGUAGCUUACAAUCUACCUUUGUAGCUUACAAUAUCCUGACUAUCGUCAUCGACGACUAUGACUUGGAUACUGUUGACAGAUUCACAUAUCUGGGAUCCAACAUAUCGAGCACCCUCUCAAUGGAGGAUGAGAUAAGUGGGAGGAUAGGGAAGGCCGCAACUGUUAUGGCCAGACUGAAGAAAAGAGUCUGGUCAAACGCCAAACUAACAACAAGAACUAAGCUGCAGGUGUACCAGGCCUGCGUACUGAGCACACUUCUGUAUGGAUGCGAGUCGUGGACCACGUACUCUAAACACGAAAGAAGGCUCAAUGGCUUCCACCUCAGAUGCCUGCGCCACAUUCUUGACAUUAAAUGGCAAGACAAAGUCCCCAACACGGAUGUCCUGUCCCAAACAAACAUGUAUAGCGUCCCAGCCAUGUUAAUCCAAAUACGCCUCCGCUGGCUUGGACACGUCAAGCGAAUGCAAUCUGGUCGCAUACCAAAGGACGUGCUAUACAGCGAGCUGGCGACAGGGAAAAGGUCAGUUGGACGGCCUCGUCUGAGAUACUUAGACAUAUGAAAUGGAGGAUGAGAUAAGUGGGAGGAUAGGGAAGGCCGCAACUGUUAUGGCCAGACUGAAGAAAAGAGUCUGGUCAAACGCCAAACUAACAACAAGAACUAAGCUGCAGGUGUACCAGGCCUGCGUACUGAGCACACUUCUGUAUGGAUGCGAGUCGUGGACCACGUACUCUAAACACGAAAGAAGGCUCAAUGGCUUCCACCUCAGAUGCCUGCGCCACAUUCUUGACAUUAAAUGGCAAGACAAAGUCCCCAACACGGAUGUCCUGUCCCAAACAAACAUGUAUAGCGUCCCAGCCAUGUUAAUCCAAAUACGCCUCCGCUGGCUUGGACACGUCAAGCGAAUGCAAUCUGGUCGCAUACCAAAGGACGUGCUAUACAGCGAGCUGGCGACAGGGAAAAGGUCAGUUGGAUGGCCUCGUCUGAGAUACUUAGACAUAUGCAAAAGAGUCAUGAAGUCCUCUAACAUCGACAUCUCAAACUGGGAGGAGUUGGCAGAGGAUCGAUCCUCAUGGGAGGGCAUCGUGAAGGCAGGAUCACUACAUGACGAGGAUCAAAACAGGGCGGAAACAGCUGCAAAAAGAGCGAGGAGGAAGGCCGGUAAAUACUGCUCCACCGCAUUCGUGUGUGUGAAACGUAACAGAGACUGCCAUUCGAGGAUUGGUCUCACCAGCCACACCAAGAGCUGCAAGCAAUAAAGAUAAUCUAUCGUCUCCCGCAGACGGAAAGAUGCCAUACAUACAUACAAUCUACCUUUACAACUGAACUAUGCAAAUUGUAUUCACAUUUAUAUGAUAAUAGUUAAUAUACCCUGCGUUACCUGGGAUUGCAUUCUUUAAAAAAAUAAUUUCUCCAGCCUUUUUAUUUAACAUUUAAAGAAAAGCGCCUUGAAAAAGAAUAAAAGAAAAAAAAAACCGCUGUACUAAAAAUUUUUUUUAAAAAAUAUUAAUUUUUUUCAAUAAAAAAAAAAACACCUUUAUAAUAACUUUGUAAGCCUUUCAUUUCUCGUUAGGAUCCCAUUCCCCGUUAGUGUCCUCAAACCCAGUGUUAUCUCGAACCAGUUUAGUUCCAAGCCUGUCUGUUUCCCGAUACCUGUGGGAUUCCAAUCCUGGUGGAUCCCUAUUUCCAUUGAGAUCACAUUUCCUGGUGUGAUCCCGAUCAUACUGGGAUCCCGAUCUCGAGAAGAUUCCUUUUUCAAGUGGGAUCACGAUUCCGUUAGGAUCCCACUCUUUGUAUCGUCACAUUUCCAUUGUAAUUUCCUUCUCCGGAGGGAUUCGAUUUCCCGAUAAGACCCGAUCCCUUUGGUAUCGUUUCCAAAUGAAAUUUCGAUCCCAGUUUGAUCCCAUUUACCAGUAAGAUCCCGAUCACGGCAUUGUUCUGUUACACGAUGGGAUUCGUUAAAGGUGUGUUCCAUUUUGCGGAGUUAGAGUCGGAUUUAAAAAAAAAAAAAAAAAAAAAAAAAAUUAAAAAAAGAUCCAAAAAAAAAAAUAUUAAAAAAACCAAAAAUAAACUUUUUUUUUUUAAAAAAAAAAAAAAAAAAAAAAAAAAAGUUAAAUGCUGUCCCAUUAAAAUUAGUUUUAAAAUACCUCAAAUAUAGCUUUUUUUUUUUAAAAAAAAAAAGAUAUUUUAUUAAAAUUCUAGACCGGCACAUAAAGGAUUCAAUUUAACUUUAAGUCCGCCGAUAUUUUAAUAAGGACUAUAAUAAAAUGGUUACCUAGCUAGCCAUAUAUCCAUAAAUGCACAUAUAGCCAAUAGUGUUGUCUAAGCCUAUAGAUAUUUAUUUAAUUUAUAUAAGGAAAAAAUGGGACCCCCUGUCCCAAAAAAGUGUAAAUUAUGCGUUUCGUAUCCUUUGGUAAUUUAAUAUAGAUAAUAAAAUGUAUGUGCACUAGGUUUGGUCAAGAUCAAUCUAUUCAUGUAGGAGUAUUUGUUAGUCAUUCAUUUAUAUAGUUCAUAUAUGAAACAAAAAAAAAGUACUCAGUGCCAUCGACCCCAAACGGAAUGUUAUAAAAGGUUCAAAACACUCUUAGAGUUAAUUUCGAAUAAUAAAGUGGUAUGUGCCAAUGUUGGUCAAGGUCCAUUAAUCCAUGUUUAAACGUAUGCGUAACAAAAAAAAAAAAAAACACACACAAAUUUUCCGUUUUAUGUAGAUGCAUUCGGAAAACAACAAAGAACUUCUACAACUUUAUAAUUAACAUUCAAAUUAAGCACCAAAUAAAAAAAACAAUAGAAAAAAAAUAACAACACUCGUAUAGUAAAAACUAAAAAUUAUUAUUUCUUGUACACAUUUUGCCUCGGGGCGGUUGGGGGAGUGGAGAGUUGACGUUCCGUGGGAGUGCUCUUCCCUCCCGGAGGGAUGCCUCAAAGAAACAGUGGUGACAAGUUUAACGUUUUUAUGAUAUUUCAAAUAGCAUUCUGAGGGCACUUAGAAAAAAAAAGUAUCAACUUAAGCUUGAAUUGUGGUUGUUUUAGUCUAUCAUGUGUUCCUGUCUUCACAGGGUUUUCAUACACAUUUCAUGUAUAAGUAGAUAGUGAAAAUAAUUGGAAACCAUCAGUUAAAUUUGUAAUAAAUACUUAUGCUUUAUAAUCUUAUUGAUUAGUGAUACUACAACAUGUACAUUAACAUUAUUAUUAGAUGUAUCUUGUAAUGGCUUUCAAUUGUAUCUCUUACUUAUUUUUUUUCCUUAGUUAGAGAAACGACAUAUGUACCUGUUACUUUAACUAACAAGAUUUCUGGAAUGCUUUUUAAAUGUUUGUAUUUCUAUGUUGUUAUCUCAAAUUUAGCUGUUAAAUAACCAUCCCUAACUUUCUAAAUUAAUUUUCUUUGUAUGUCUUCAUUUCUAACAACUCUAAUACAUUUUAGUUACAAUUAAUAUAUUGGUAUGAUGCAGGCGUAAACCACACAUAUUUGCCAAUAUGAUAUUUUUUUCAUUCCAGGGAAAUUAUACCUUGUUGAAUAUCAUAAAGAUGUUUUGUGAACAUAUCUGCCAUUCUUCUCCCAGUUACGCAGAAAUAAAUAGAAUUACAUUUAAGCUACACAAGCACAUACAUCACAUUACGACUAAAACAUUGAAACCCAAUGUGAUGGUUAGUCCCAAACUAAGAUGGGUCAGUUCGAACUGCAUGGACAUAUUCUUGAGCAAGUUUCCUCCGUAAAGUACCUGGGUGUUACCAUUCAAAGAGAGGUCCGCUGGGACGAGCAUAUUAACAAUGUAUGUAAACAAGAGAACCAAGCCUUGGGGUUCUUAAGGCGAAAUCUAAAGAUUGGCAACUCCUGUGUGAAAGAAAGAGCAUAUAAAGCCUUUAUCCGUCCGAUGUUAGAUUAUGCAUCUUCAGUCUGGGACCCAUUUACCCAGAAGAGCAUUGACAGGUUGGAGGCGGUCCAGCGACGAGCAGCACGUUUUGUCCUAAACCGCUACAGGAAUACCUCUAGUGUUGGCAGCAUGCUAGAAACACUAGGCUGGUCACCAUUGGAGAAACGACGACGACAAUNUAUUCAGGGCUUCUGCCAGUAUGUGCCUUCUCUACCUUAUAUUCCAAAAAUCCCAAUGUUAGGCAAGCUUAACUACUGAACGCCUCAACGUUUAAGUUUCGCACCACCGAUGCAACUCGGUGGUGUCACAUGGAGUUUGUCUCUUUGUGGCGUGCAAGACUAGUAGGGAAGUGUCCUCUCCCGAAGCCAAAAAUCCCGGCUACUUGUAUGACUUCAUACGCAACUGAAGAAACACAAACACAUGAUUAUUUUUUGCCAUUAAAGGAUAUGAUGUCUGGGUAGCGAUUAAAAUCCAUACCGAUGAUUUUUAGCUGAGAAAGCCGAUCCCAAGCGACCGUUUCGUCCAAGCUUUAUCCCGAAAGGACAACUCCCUGGGCUGAGGGGGGGGGUAACGCAGCUAAUUUGCCACGGAGAGAAAGCAAAGCCGUUUUGACCCAAGGAGAGUGGACCGCGAACGCUUUAAACGCAGCGUUUUCAUUCGACGGGACAUCCAUCAGGCCAGGUGGGAAUUUUCCAACGUGCUGCAGCACAGUCUGGCGGCGGGGAGAUCCGGCACCUGGCCCUUUAAGAGGUGUGCCGGGGGCGGGGGUAUUAAGAGCUCGCGCUCGAUGACCCACCGAUGCCACCUCUAAGGUAACAUUUUCUUGAGUAUUUCGUGUCUACUCAAGUAUGCAUUGUUACCGACCUUACUUUUUUUUUUUAAAGUAUGUUCUUUUAAAUAUAUUUAUACAGAAUUUUCAAUGGCAAUGGCUGUUAGAACAAUUAUCUUCAAUUAUCUCAUCAUUUGAAACCUCAUUUCUUUAAAUAGGAGUAGGUAAAUUAUUUUAAAAAUGUAUGUUAUUGAUAAAGGUAUUUUUUCAUGUUUAAACACAGUAAUCUACGUAAUACUAAUUUUUUAGUCAUCACCUAUUCAACAUCAUUUUUUUUUUAAUUUUUAAAAGCCCUUUAUCCUGUUGCUACAAAUGUCAAUAGUGUUAAUCUAAUUGAUUAUUAUAUAUUGCAAGAACUGUUAUAUUGUAGCAAGAAAAUCUGUAAAUGGACUGCAUAUGAAAAAUAUAUUUUAAACAAGUUUAAUAACGUUGUAACCUUACGAUUUAAAAUCGAUUUCAAUCAUUUACAUAUCUGCAGUAUCUUAUUCUUGAUGGGUUAUUAAAUUGAAAUUUCACACUUUUUUUUUUCUCUUAGCUUUAAUUUCCUUACGGACUUUUGUCCACUUUUCUUUUUUUAAUUUGAUUUUAAUGUAAUAUAUCUUUAUACACACACACACACACACACACACACACACACACACACACACACGCACACACAUAUAUAUAUAUAUAUAUAUAUAUAUAUAUAUAUAUAUAUAUAUAUAUAAGCUAGAAACACUAGGCUGGUCACCAUUGGAGAAACGACGACGACAAUCCAGGCUCUCCAUGAUGUACAAGAUAAAUAAUGGGCUGGUCCACUGUUCCAGUAUUAAACAGAAACUCGUCCCUCUCCCCCAUAGACAGCGACGAGGCCAUGACAAGCAAUUCAGGCUCAUACCAGCAAGAAGCCAGUAUAGGAGCUGCUCAUUCCUGCCCAAGACAAUCAGGGACUGGAACCAUCUUUUAAAAGGAACAGUUGAGGCGACAACACUAGACACAUUUGUGUCUAUUGCCUCAAGCCUUCAAACCCCUAGUGCAUAAUUUCCUCAUCACCACCAGUAACAGAAACAUUGCAAAUCCCAUCUACAUGCAUAGGAGCCAAAAUGAUCAAUAAAUUGAUCGUGGGCCCUUAAGAUAUAGAAGAAGAAGAAGAAGGCGACUCUAAACCAUAAAGUCUUCUGUGCACUCUGAAGACAAUCAGGGAGGGAGAUGAGAAUACCUUGUUAGUUGUGAGGUCAGGAAGAAGUAUUGAAGAAAUGUUUUUGGCUGUCAAAUAGUGAGUGGGAUAUGUUAAUACACGUUUUGUUCAAUUUCAAUUUUGUUUUGGCAAUAUUUAAAAGCGUCUUUCCGUGUGGUAGUGCUAAUAUGAUUGAGUGCCGAGACAAGUAUAGUUUAAGGAUAAGAUCAUGAGUUGAAGAAAUCCACCACAUCAUCAGCUUUGUCUAAAAUAUUUUCAUCAAGUUGGCAGAGGCGCCGUAGUCUGAGACUUUGUAAGAAAUGUAUGUAUAGAGUUUUUGCAUUUUAUGGGGUUGGGGGAUGAGAAAUACAGGUAACUACGGCUGUCAGUGGGUCUGUAUUAGGCAGAUUUGAUCAAUCCGUUUUCUUUUAAUGUUAUGGUGAUAUCAAGGAAGUUGAAGAAAUGUCCAGAGAUUUGAGAAGUAAAUUUAAUGGAUGAAUGAAUUGAGGUUAAGAAUUCUACAUAUUUGUGAAGUUCGUUCAUUUUCAUGGUAGUGAUGUCAAUGCGAUCAUUAAUUUAUCUUUUAUAAUAUUCAGGGCUUCUGCCAGUAUGUGCCUUCUCUACCUUAUAUUCCAAAAAUCCCAAUGUUAGGCAAGCUUAACUACUGAACGCCUCAACGUUUAAGUUUCGCACCACCGAUGCAACUCGGUGGUGUCACAUGGAGUUUGUCUCUUUGUGGCGUGCAAGACUAGUAGGGAAGUGUCCUCUCCCGAAGCCAAAAAUCCCGGCUACUUGUAUGACUUCAUACGCAACUGAAGAAACACAAACACAUGAUUAUUUUUUGCCAUUAAAGGAUAUGAUGUCUGGGUAGCGAUUAAAAUCCAUACCGAUGAUUUUUAGCUGAGAAAGCCGAUCCCAAGCGACCGUUUCGUCCAAGCUUUAUCCCGAAAGGACAACUCCCUGGGCUGAGGGGGGGGGGGUAACGCAGCUAAUUUGCCACGGGGAGAAAGCAAAGCCGUUUUGACCCAAGGAGAGUGGACCGCGAACGCUUUAAACGCAGCGUUUUCAUUCGACGGGACAUCCAUCAGGCCAGGGGGGAAUUUUCCAACGUGCUGCAGCACAGUCUGGCGGCGGGGAGAUCCGGCACCUGGCCCUUUAAGAGGUGUGCCGGGGGCGGGGGUAUUAAGAGCUCGCGCUCGAUGACCCACCGAUGCCACCUCUAAGGUAACAUUUUCUUGAGUAUUUCGUGUCUACUCAAGUAUGCAUUGUUACCGACCUUACUUUUUUUUUUUAAAGUAUGUUCUUUUAAAUAUAUUUAUACAGAAUUUUCAAUGGCAAUGGCUGUUAGAACAAUUAUCUUCAAUUAUCUCAUCAUUUGAAACCUCAUUUCUUUAAAUAGGAGUAGGUAAAUUAUUUUAAAAAUGUAUGUUAUUGAUAAAGGUAUUUUUUCAUGUUUAAACACAGUAAUCUACGUAAUACUAAUUUUUUAGUCAUCACCUAUUCAACAUCAUUUUUUUUUUAAUUUUUAAAAGCCCUUUAUCCUGUUGCUACAAAUNAAUAAAUAAAUUAGUUUCAGACUUUUUCACUAAAUUUUAAGUUUUCAAGUAGAUCAAUGAGUUAUGAGAUUAAGACAAUUUGAGCAUAUACAACAAAAACGUGUUUAGCUUUUGUAAUAGUGCAAAUAAUACAAACUCAAAAGAUAUGGCAAAAUUGUUUAUCAGUACAACAAAAAAAAAGCAUUCAUAUAAGUUUAAUUAAUUUCUAUAUUAUAUAUAUAUAUAUAUAUAUAAUAUAAAUAUUAAUUAAACUUAUAUGAAUGCUUUUUUUUUGUUGUACUGAUAAACAAUUUUGCCAUAUCUUUUGAGUUUGUAUUAUUUGCACUAUUACAAAAGCUAAACACGUUUUUGUUGUAUAUGCUCAAAUUGUCUUAAUCUCAUAACUCAUUGAUCUACUUGAAAACUUAAAAUUUAGUGAAAAAGUCUGAAACUAAUUUAUUUAUUCUAAUCAAACUUUACUAGGCACUUACUCAUUAUUUCAAUACCAUUGGAUCGUUACACAUUGGAUUAAUGAUAAUAUAAAACUUAUUUUUUAGGCUUAACGCUGUGUCCAUGUUAUUUAAUAUCUUAUAAAAAAUUAAAUGUUAAGCAUGCAUUCAUUUGUUAACAUAUAAAUCUUACUUUCUUUCGAUUUAUCGCCUAAUUUUUCACAUGUUUAAAAUUGGCUAAAAUUGGAAAAUGAAAACACCUUUUGUAUCUUCUAGCGAAGUGGUUUUAAAAAGAAUGACAUUUAUUAACUUAAUCAAAAUAUAUAUAUUUUAAUUUUCCUAACAUGAAUAGUAGUGUCUGUCUUUGUAUGAUAUUGAUUUGUUUGUGGUACAAUUUAUAUUGAUCGCUUCAAAUAAAGUGUAAUUAAAUCGUACCUUUUUUUAUACAGCAAAGUCAUCAGAUCCAUCAUUGAAAUUUGCGACUUGGUGUAUAGUCUUGGUUGUCAUCUUCUACAUAGGUAUUGUGGUUACAGUGAUAAUUGUGAUUGCUAUAUUAUAUUUCAGUAAGUAUUACAUGUUUUUUAAAUGAACUUUAACUAAAUAUUUUUGCAAACAUUAUAAAGUUACAAACUAUGCUUCACGCAUUUUGAUUUUUAAAUUAACACUCAUUAGAUGAUAGUUUCUAUUUUUACGAGUUCAUUUAUAAUUUUCUUUAAUUAACUCUAGGCACUACAAGAUAUGGGAGCAGCAUAAUUUGAAACAUUUUUAAUUUAUUAUUUCUUUUAAAAAUGUUUUCAAUAUAAUGAAGAAGCAUUUUAUUUUUUUUCCCCAGUCAAGGCAUCAAAAAUGUUGUCGAACCUUUUCAAAAUCUUUGUUGUAUUUUUAGUCUUUGCUGAAAUACUUUGUAUAAUAUUGAUUAUAGUGUUUGCCUUGGCUAAACCUUCAACUAAUGGUAAGUCUGAGUGUAUUUAUCUAUAUUUAUACAUAUAAUUUGGGGUAAAAUAGUUUGCUGACCAUUGCACUUGGCCAAUACAUUUUCUUCGCAAUAGUCUUUGAAAGAAUGAAAAAUAUAAUAACGGAUAUGAACAGCAAAAUAAUUGAUGGCUUUUCAUCUUGUUUAUCAUAAUUACAGCAAAUGAGUAAGUGAUAGGCUGGGAAUUAAAAUAAUAUUAUUUGGUAUUUUAUGUAUAUAUAUACGCCAAAUCACUCACUCACUUAAAUGAGUCACUGAUCACUAGAUGUCGAGAACAACAAAUGUUUUAAUGUCAAAACUGUGCAUUGUGAUUCCUCGUAAACUCUGCUAUUAUUAAUUUUAUAUUUUACUAUUAUUAGCUUUUAAUGAGAAAAAGUCAAAACAUGUUUAAUGUAUGAAUGGUUUGCCUUUUUGCUGUGUUUCAUGUUUAUGUUUAGGAACACUCGUUUUUUUUUCUUUAAUAUGUUUUGGUGUCGAGAUUAAUUGAGAAAAAAUGUAUUACUAUGGCAGUGUAAACAUCUGAGGUACUUCAUCAAUGCAAAUUGAUUGUUUGGGAUAAGUGCAUCAUGAAAGUUAGAAAACUGCUCAGCCCUAGAUCACUUGUGUGAUGAACCUUCAUGUUAACUGGUAUUUAUUACCUUGGGACUUUUGCCCAUGGGUAGCAUAACUUAAUUAAGGCAUUGACCUCAUCCCCACACGUUUCAGAGGAGAGACACGUACUCUUACCUCAGAUGUUCUGUAGCCUUAUGUACAAUAAUUAUAUUCCUUCUUUAUGAGCCAUGGUACACUUAUCCCAAAAAUUUACUGCACUGUCAAAUUUCCUGGGAAAUAUUGCACACUUCAGAAAUAAUACACACUGGAUUCUCAAGUGUCGCAUUCCUCACAAUAAUUAAUUAUAAUCAAAAGAUAAAAGUUAAUAUGUCGGUUGUGUAAAUGUUACAUUGGCUACAGUGGUUAAAAACUUAAAUUAAAAAAAUAUUUGCUUUAUCGCAUCAUUCACAAAUUUAAAAAAAAAAAAUGCAGUCAAAAAUACACCUCGGGUAUAAGUAUAUUUAGGCAUAUUUAUCAUUGAUAUUUUUUAUUUAUUUUAUAUUUUUAUAUUUAUAAUUAUAUUUUUUUUAAAUUUGGACACACAAAAUAUUUCUUGCAAUACGUACCACACAUCUGUAUUCGGUAAAUUUAUUAAAUAUGUUGUUUUCAUGAUUCGUAUGUUGUUAUUUUUCUAUCAGAUCCAGAACCAGGAAGCAAUAUACUUGCUCAAUGGAAAAUAAUGUUGAUCAUCUAUUGUGUUUUUCAAGGUGCACUUUUAAUUGCUGCAGUUGUAUUUGCUAUUAUUUACCGUAAGUACAACAUUAUUUCAUUAGAGAAGAAAAAACGAUUCCAGAAUACUAUCACAAUGAACAUUUUAUAUUCUUGAUUAUAAUUUUUUUUUUUAAUUUACAUUUUUAUUUAUUUUUUCAAUUGUUGGAUGAACGGAAACAUGCAUUUGUUUCUUAUUACAUGGUAUUUAUUGUUAUAAUAAUAUGAAUAUAGUUAUAAACAUUGAAUGUUCAUUUUGUAUAUGCUGAUCAUAAAGGGUAAUUUAAUUGGUUUUCUAAACUUAACCACAGAUCAAAGCUAAUGCUUGAAAAAAUAAAGUCUUUAAAAAAGAAUCUUAAGAGAUUUCUGUGUAACUAAUGUUUCAAAAAUUCUUAUCACAGAAAUGUCCAUAUAACUUAUUUGUAUCACAACAUUUACAUUAUAUGUUAUGAGAAUUCAUAUUACAUCGUCUUCGACAAAACUAUCGCCACGACCGGCAUACCCGUCUGAUUAGCUCACUGUUGGAAGAAAAUAGCAUUAAAUUGAAAUAAAUUUAGCAUAUUAUAGCCAACUUUUGUUUGUAACAUAUUAACAAAUAGCUCAAAUAUUUUUUUUUUUAUAAAUGAAGAUACUUUGUGCGUUUAUCUCUACAAGACGGGUAAUAAUUAUUGUAAUCACUAUUUCUAUUUUUUCUUUUUACUUUAUGAAUAUGUGCCAAUAUUAGUACAAUUUUGAGCACAUAAACAUGUCUGAUUAUGAAAUAAAUACAAUUUGAUCCACACCAUUAGGAACAGAAAACUGUCUAAGGCCUGUUAGAGUUUUUCAUAGUCAGUUGAUGUUCAUUUCACAUGAGAUCUCCGGGGUAACUAACAAGAACUAAUGUAAAUUAUUUAAUAUAAUAAACAUGGCAUGAGUUUAAAUAAAUGAUGAGGUAACAAAAAACAGAAUAGAAGCAAUAUAAAAUAUAAUAUCAUUUUAGGAAUACGAGCAGCUUAAAAAGACAGUGCAGAAAUACUUUGAUUUGAAAGUUCUGCAAAUCCAGCCAUAAAAGAUCUCACAAGAUGCGCACACAUCUCAUUGUUGGGACAAGUCUUAUUGAGUCUUACUUAGUUGUUUCAAAAGAAAUCAGUUUUAAUUUUUUGAAAUUACAUUAUGUUUACAUUAUCUUAUUGUUUUUAUAUUCACUAAACGGGAAGUAAUUGCUAUGUAAAUAUAAUCAUUGAUUCUCAAUAAAAAUAUUUCCAUCCAGA